AUGUCCUUCAAUACCCUCUUCACACAUGACACACCCGAAAGUAGCAGCAUGGGUGCCCAACCUAAUCAAAGGCAAAUUGAAUACAGGACUUCCUCAGGCGGGGAAAAUAUCAUGGCCUUUGCCACUGAGGAAGAUUUCAUACCCAACACUUGGGUAUUCAAGACCAAGCCACAUGUCACUCUAUUGGAUUCCACCCCACUUCAAGUGCAUUUUUUAGCCAAAGUCAUUGAAGAGCCACAUGCACAUUUCACAGACUACUCAGUCACCCAGCGGCAAGAUGGCUAUCAUUGUACAUGUAAUACUAAGACACGAGUUUGCUAUGAGCCAGCAGGAAGGCAGAACAAAGUCAAGAUCACGUCUGAGGGUUUUGGACUAGAUGGAAUACAUGGGCUACCAAAUUCCACCCUCCAAAAUUCUGUCUGUUCCGCAGAUUUGAAUCUCAAAGGGAUGACUGGCAUGGGACCAGACAUGUUCCUGACAGUAAUCUCCCAAGCAAUUGAGUCCCUUGCAGGCCAGCCGCCAAAAGAACUUUAUCUUGUCAAGCACUCUGCCAAAAAUUAUUUUGAUCUACAGUCCAUUGAUUUCUCUGCAGGUGCCAGAGCCGUUGAGACCACUGUUUGGACCACAGGUGGGUUUCAAUUACAUACCUACCCACCGAGCCCCGCUAAACCAUCAAGCCUAUUUCCUCCUGCUAGUGGCACGCAGAAUCGUCAGUCAGGAGAAGUGGAUUAUUCUGCUCCAAGACCAAGCUAUAACGAAAGUUUUGGCCGUCUGCCGUGGUCAAAUGCAGAGUUGGGCAAUCCGUAG